AUGGUCUCUCUUUCCUACUCGGCACCUACUCCUUCCGAUGACCCUGUCUUUGUCCGCACCCACUUCCUCGGUCGUGUCGCCUCGGACGCUCUCGGCCUCGAGUACCAGCAUGAGCUGCUCAAGCGACGCUCCAGCCGUCACAGCGACCUCAACCGCUGGGACGCAAACUGGCUCGCUCCCGUCACUCACACCAUGAGCUACGACACCGACGACACCACCGACACCGACGACGACGUCCUCCUCAACUCGCAAGCUUCGUCCCAAAACAACAAGUCGGCCGCUGCACACCAGCUUCGAAGUCGCUCGUCCACUCUGCCAGUCCUGUACACCUCCAACGCUCCCGUCGAGAUGGCGCGCGCGCGUUCCAUGACCGCACCACCCACUGCCGCCUCCUCGUUCGCAGACCUUCGUUCCUCGCGCAAGAAUCGAUCCUCCAGCGCCACCCAGUCUCGCCUCCUUCCCGAGCAUCCCCUCACCAUUGACACGGCACAACCUCUCCGCCUGUCCACCGCCAACAUCGCUACGCUCUCCAGCGAUGCGUCGUCCUCGUCUUCUUCUGUCCGCGCAACCUCGCCAAUGCCUACCGUUCAGCCUUCGCCCAAGACCUGCAGCGCGCCCGUCGUCCGCAUCGAAUGCUCCGAGUCAGAUGGUUCCUGCCACGGCGACGCCGGUGAUCAGGACCCCGAGGCUCAGCUCGCCGCCGGCAUCAUCCGCCUGCGCGAACAGCGUCGCAGCUCGGCACACAAGUCGCAAUCCCGACGCACCACGACCAAGCGCCGCGCAUCCACCACCCAGGCAUCCUCGUCCACUCCCAAGCAGUCGCUCGACAUCAACGAAGAUCUCGACUCGGACGAUGCCGACUCGCUCAUCAUUCGCAACCACGGAGGCAGCUUUGUCCUGCGUCUCGCAGAGAUGGUGCUCGACUUUGGCUCAUCGGCUCUCGAGAAGCUCGUGGCCGCCGACGCUCCCGAAACGGCGCAAGACAGCAUGGCAGGGCUUCAACCCCGCCGACGAUCAUCCACAACUCCCAAACAGCUCACGGCCGAAGCUGGCGAGCUGCUGCGUCGUCGCCGCGAGCGCCGUGGCACCGUGCUGCCCACCGACUCCCCGGAAUCCAUCGGUGGCACCAAGUCCACUCUGACGCGGUCCUGGUCCGUUCCCAAGCUGCUCAGCCUCCCGCUCUUCAAUCCCUCGGCCUCGCUCCGUGCGCUCUCGUCUACCACAGCAUCGACGCCUGCCACCCCUUCGUCCGCUCCCGCCCGUCUGCAUCCCAACUUUGGCUUCACCAUGGCGUUCGAAGAGCCCGCUCACAAUGAGCCCAGCUCCUUCGACGAGGUCGGCGCCUGCUUUGUCCGAAACAGUGUCUCGCUCUAUUCCAAGUCGCCCAAGCCAGACAACGCAUCCCUCGGACCCGAACAGGUCUCUCCGCUCUGGAAGCAGUAA